AUUCGAAUGCGAUCUCUCCAGCGCCGCAAGGUCACCGCCAGCCGAGUGAGACAGGUGCUCUUCACGCCCACGCCCUAAAUAACCCCGUUCGCCGACACAAAAAAGUGUCAGACGCACACUGCUGGGCAGCACACCAGGAAAGAGAAUAAAAGAGGUCAUGACAGACGACUUCAACCGUGAUAUUGUUACCGAUGCUGGCCCCACACCAGAAACAUUAUCAACCCUGGUUGGCGCGAGAACAAACCAGCCUAACAAUUUCUUGGAAAAUCAGUCUGAAAAUACGCCUGGCAAUUCAUCUGUGAUAACUAGCUUUGUAAACAAUGCCGAGAGUUCUUAUGUCAAUAUUCAACACGCCUCCAAUUUUCAAAUGGGCAACAAUUUCUCAUUCAACUUCGUGAAGCCUGGCAAAAAGAAGCAAAAAAUCAAAUCACUGCAGAAAAUUGAAAAUUCCAGAUUACCAGCGAUACUGCAAAGGCCAGAUUUACGAGUGACGACUGGCAAAAUCAAAGACAUUAGAAUAGGCGAGCCGUGGCGUUUUGUGAUGAGACAUUUGGGACUGAGCAACCCCGAGAUUGAAAACAAAUAUGAAGAGUUUAUCAUAAAAGGGGGCAUUGAAGAGGUGAUUUACCAACUUUUGCGCACAUGGGUAGAAAAAAAUGGUUCUGAUGCAACAUUAGAUAAGCUCAGCAGAGCACUGUAUAUGGAGAACCAACAUGAUGCUUUGGAGAGACUUGGCCAAGUGUACUUUCUAAAUGAAUCUCAUUAAAUUUUUGCCAUAAGAUGACUUAUAUUGUACAGAUAUUUUUCUAAUAAAUUUUACAUUCGUAAACAGUCAUAAAAUCA